AUGGACAUCGUUAAUAAACUCACAACAGCUCGGCAAGAAAGUUUCUGGUACAUGCUACAAUUAACUCAUCUGUGGAAGGAAGAUGACCAGGAAGAAGAUGAGGAAAAUGAAGAGGAAGAAGAUGAAGAAGCAGAUGAGAAAGAAAAUGAAAAAAAAAAUGAGGAAGAUGAGGGAGAUGAUUGGGAGAAGAUGAAGAAAAAGAUGAGGAAGAAGAUGAGGAAGAGGACGAAGAAGAAGAUGAAGAAAAAGAUGAGGAAGAGGAUGAAAAAGAAGAUGAGGAAAAAGAUGAGGAAGAGAAUGAAGAAGAUGAGGAAGAAGAUUAAGGAUAUAAGGAAGAAGAGAAAGAAGAUAAGAAAGAAUAAGAUGAUGAUUAUUAUUAUUAUUAUUUUUAUGAUGAGAAGAAUGAUGAGGAGGAAAAAUGUAUGA